UCUCUCUCUCUGGCAUUACACGACCGAGUCCACUUUGCCGAUCGCUUCUCAGUCCAGCUUGGCUUGUUACCUAGCUCGUAACAUUAUUGACAUAAACCAAAGAACCAACACCAAAAGCCUGCGAGAGUCAGUCCUGCGGUGGGAUCGGCGAUCCUCGAGCGCGUACAAAGUAUAAUGUCACACGGCGAUCGCUCGCCAUCGAGAAUAACGUCGACGCGGGAGUGCCGGUGCUCGUGAGCACAAGUUGCAGAUUUUCCCAGCCGGUUCUCUGUGCAGUGUGCGUACAAGUGACAAGUGCUGACUGGGUGAAUUGUAUCGUGCGGAAUAAAGACAAAGACCUAUAAGCCUUUGGUACAAGUGGGGACCGCACGGAGUAACCGAUCGUCCCGAACAGGAGCAUAGGCGAAGUAAGGGGAAGAAAAAGAAGAAAUACGAUUAAAUGAGCCCCAGGAUGGCCAACGACGUAGCAGCCUUGGCAUCAUCACCCGUGAGCCUGCUGGGCCUGACCGUUCUCCUCCUGUCCUCGUUUAACUGGAGCUACGCCUGCAACGAGGCCAUAUGCGCGAGCGUCGUGAGCAAGUGCAUGCUCACCCAGAGCUGCAAGUGCGACCUCGUCUCGUGCACCUGCUGCAAGGACUGUUUCUCCUGUCUGUCGUAUCUCUACGACGAGUGCUGCUCCUGCGUUGAUCUGUGCCCGAAGCCCAACGUCACGGACAACCGGCUGAGCAAAAAAUCCCACGUCGAGGAGUUCGGCGAGCCGAUCCCCGGCCUCUUCCAAGCCCUCACUGCCGAGCCCGACCCCCACGAGAGGUGGCACACCUUCACGUACCCGGUCGACUUUAACAUCACUCUGUUCUCACCCAAGCCGGACAAGGAGAUUAAAUACCGCAUGAUGACGGAGAACGACGAGACGCAGCUGAAUCACCCGUUGAAGCCCAACGUGGUGACGUUCAAUUGCUCGGUGGCUUACAUAUCGACGUGCACCUCGUGGGGUCAGUGCAAAAAGAGCUGCCAGAGCAUGGGGGCGUCGAGUUACCGCUGGUUCCACGACGGCUGUUGCGAGUGCGUGGGCGACACGUGCAUCAACUACGGCAUCAACGAGUCCCGGUGCCAAAAGUGCCCCGUCGACAAGGAGGAGGAGCUCAAGGAGCAGUUCGACGAUUACGGGCAGGACGACGAUUACUUGGGCAACGACGAGGUCGACUGAGUCCUCUUUGGCUACGUGG